CGUGGAUAUAAACUUUGGUAUAUUAAUCUGGUCUUGAAUACACCCAGACACGAACUAAACUAGAAAAUAGGCACAAAUGAAAGUGGAACAAAAUAGAACACAAAAAUGGAUCAAGCAACAAAAUAUUUGUUAUGUAUUGUUGGCAGUGUUUGUAAACUUUGUCGAUUAAUUUCUGUGAUUGACGUCAUUUAAUUUAUUCCCUAUGUCAGCUGUUAUGUUGAAAAAAAUAUGCCUGAAAUUGUUAUUAACAUAACACAAGGCUCUGAAAAAGUCUCCAACAACUCAAUUGAGAUUAAAGGGAGUACAAUGGAAGAUUUGAUAGCAUCAUUGAGAGUGGCUAAGGAAGACACAAAUGCCAUUUUAACCAAACUUGUCGAAUCGUCUUCUGGAAAGGAAAAACAAACCCGGAAAAGUGACGAGAAAAGUGAUGAAGAUAAAAGUGAAGAUAGUUCCGAUAACAACGAGGAUGAUAAUUCAAGGAAGAAAAUUAAAACUUAA